CUCGAUAAGUCUUAAAUUACAAGACAUCUCGGUCCUCGGUGAAGUACCAACCGCGACCUCUUCAGCCACCUCAGACAUCCCGGUAUCUCCCGGCCUACACCACCACCAAAUCUCACAAUGUGGCGCCGACAACAAUGCGUCACUCUCAAAUUACACCGGCCAGAUAUAAAUACCCUCGUCACUCCCAGUCUCAACAAUCACCGACUGCCUCUCACUAUCACCACCAGUUUCGGCUCAUGUGCAACACAAUCAUCAUAAACAUAUUUAACCCGGCAGCGUUCCGGCCACCCGGGUAGCCCGAUUCGGUAUUUACCCAACCAAUUCGGCAAAGACUAUCAUUUUUCACCGCCGACUUACCUUUUUCCCUCCAUUCCGUCAUGCUGCCUUACCGAGCAGAUCGUUGGAAGCUUUCAAGGUUCGAUCUGGGUCAAAAGUUUUGUGGUUCGACCAACCAGCGAAGCUUCCGACCCUCCCCCUUUUGCCAACACUGCCGCGCUCAUCCGUUACACAACAUUUGCGGCAACAGCGGUGUUUGUCGGAGUUGAUCCCGUUGGGAAGAUUCGAGAAUUGACAUUAUGGUGAGUUCCAUUCAAAAAUUGACAAUCAGAGUCAAAACCAGUUCCUACCAGUUGAGCCCGAUGGUUGAAAGCUUCCCAAGCUUCCUGGAGCUUCAAAUGCCCCUCAGUUCGAAAAAGAGGCAUUUUUCACAUCCUGUCGUCAUGCCCGGCCCUGGUUCUGGUGGUGGAGUUAAAGUGGACGGCUAUCGGCCCUCAACAAGUGAGGUCGCGGGAAAUCGCCGCUAAGUGGGGGCCUCGUGGGGGCUUACGAUAGACCCUGGUUAGAAAACAGGAGCCGCGCCAACCUCAGACAUCAAACCCAAGCUGAAAAUUUUCAGUGACACAAAAACCGAGAGCUUCGUUGGGUUCGAACAGGACCAAGCUUGUGCUGCCUUGUCUAGGUCCAAGGACCCAGCUUCCCAAGAGGUUCGUCGAUGGCUCCCGUGCUCCGUAGAAAGCUGCCGGAUCCAUGAAUCAUGCCCCCUCCGUCACCGAGCUUGUUGCUUUGCUCGAGCUGUGCUGCUGGCUCCUGGUUGCUGGUGCUGCUGCUGCUGUUCGUCCCUCCGUAAACCUCUUGUAGAAUCCGGCUUUGCCCGGCGGAAUUCCCUUUCGUCCCCUGGAAAAGCGGUACAGCUGCUGGGCAAGUGCCGCACAGCAAAAUUUUCCCUCUGGCUCUCCUCGCAGACCUGGGAAUUCCAACUUCUGACCCACUUUCAGAGCUCUCGGUGGAGCGAUUUCCCUCGAAUUGACCACUCACGUCGCCCAUCAUCGAUGCUCGAGCCCGUUGCCCGGACCAGCCCGAGGUUCCGCUUUCCCCAGCUGACCACUUGUUCUUCCUCGCACUUUUCCCUUCCUCCUCUUUUUCCCUCUCCCACUCAGCAGUCGAGCCUCACCUCCAAAGAGCAUCUUCUCGAUCCCCGUCUUUUGCAUCACCUCUGCAUACCCCCUUCUCAUCAGACACAAUGGCCUCCACCCGUGUUCUCGCCUCGAGACUGGCCUCUCAGAUGGCCACCAAGGUCGCCCGCCCUGCCGUCCGCGUCCCUGCCCGCGCUUUCACUGCCGGUACCAAGGCCACCCCCCUCCAGGCCGUCAAGCGCCAGCAGAUGUCCUCCAUCAUCACUGCCACCCGCCAGAUCACCCAGAAGCGUGCCUACUCUUCUGAGAUCGCCCAGGCCAUGGUCGAGGUCUCCAAGAACUUGGGUAUGGGUACUGCCGCCAUUGGUCUCACCGGUGCCGGUAUCGGUAUCGGUCUCGUCUUCGCCGCCCUCCUCAACGGUGUUGCCCGCAACCCCGCCCUCCGUGGCCAGCUCUUCUCCUAUGCCAUUCUCGGUUUCGCUUUCGUCGAGGCCAUUGGUCUUUUCGACCUGAUGGUUGCCCUCAUGGCCAAGUUCACCUAAGCGGUUCACCACCACCGAGCGGGAUAGGCGACGAUGCCUCACUGGGAGCGAUCGUCUGUACAUAUCGACAAGACGGGAGCGAGAGUGGGGGGAAGCGGCGUGUACGAGAGAGGGUAAUAGUGUUUUGCGACAUCUCCAAAUCGCAUUCGCUAUUAGACAUGGGCGGGGUGUGCAUGGAAUAAUGGCAUAGAAUCGCACCAUAGACGGGGCCCAUAUUAGACCUAGAUCGGGGAAGACUUUCGAGGACGAUCUGACCGUCGAUGUCGGCUUUUGCCGGCACCUGUAAAAUACUCAACCGCGAUUCUCCCAGUUCUCUGGGGACACCACAAAAAUAUUUCAUUUU